UGGAGGUAGGGAUGUGCAACGGCAUCUCCUGGCGGAGGGCGCCGGCCCUGGACGUGGAGGCCCCCGGGGAGCCGUGAGCCAUGAUCAAGUACCGGAGCCUUGUCUCGAGCUUCGCCGAGUUCUCGGCGUACGGACUCCCGGGGCUGGAGGCGGGGGCGCGGCUCGUCGAGGUGGAGGCGGCACGCCGUCUGAAACGGGCCGAGACGAAGCGCUCCCAUGAGGAGGGCUUCACGUUCGGCCAGAGCAUCCAGGAGCUGACCAGGAAGACGGCUUUGGUGCGGGCCCUCAACGAUACCGUCUCGGAGCUCCUCUCGGGCAACGGGAACCUGUCCGCCUCCGCGGAGCUCUACGACUCGGAGACGACGUUUGCGACCUCCGUGGCCAACGUCACCCUGCCGACGGCCCAGGAGCCCAUCCAGUUCUACCGGCACUCCUUUGCCCUUACCGUUGUCUUCUGCAUCGCCUACAUAACCAUCUUCGUGGUGGGGCUCAUCGGCAACAUGUUCGUCAUAGCCGUCGUCUACCGCUCGCCCAGAAUGCGCAACGUCACCAACUAUUUCAUCGUCAACCUCGCCAUCGCUGAUAUGCUCGUCGUUAUUCUCUGCUUGCCUGCCACCCUCCUCUCCAACAUCUUCGUCCCGUGGGUUCUCGGGUGGUACAUGUGUAAGGUCGUUCCGUACGUUCAAGGAGUUUCUGUCGCUGCCUCUGUUUACAGCCUCAUAGCUGUCUCGAUAGAUCGGUUUUUGGCAAUUUGGUGGCCGCUGAAAUGUCAGAUCACGACGCGGCGAGCGCGGAUCAUAAUCACGGGGAUCUGGUUGGUCUCCAUAGCGACGACGCUGCCGUGGGCCCUCUACUUCGACCUGGUCAUCGUCUUCGAGGAUGUGCCCGAAAUUCAGGUCUGCCUCGAGAAGUGGCCUAACCCUCUCGUGGGCCUCCUCUACUUCCUCAUAGUGAACCUCUUCUUCUCCUACCUCUUGCCGAUGGCCAUAAUCACCGCCAGCUACAUCCUCAUCUGGGUCAGGGUCGGGAAGCGGAACAUCCCCACGGAUGCCAAGGAUGCCGCCCUCGAGCGCAUGCAGCAGAAGUCCAAGAUGAAAGUGAUAAAGAUGCUGGUGGCGGUUGUGAUCCUGUUCGCGUUCUCGUGGCUACCUCUGUACAUAAUCUUCGGGUGGAUAAAGGUGACCGGCGAAACGGGGACGGAGCUGCUGCAAACGCUCACGCCGAUCGCCCAGUGGCUGGGAGCCUCCAACUCGUGCAUCAACCCGAUCCUCUACGCCUGCUUCAACAAGAAGUUCCGCAAAGGCUUCAUGGAGCUCAUCCGGAGCUGGAAGAUCUGCGCCCCGCUGCGGAAGUACGAGACGGUGGCCAUGGCCUCCUCCUCGACGAGCACUCGCAAGGGCUCCGCUCUGGGGCCGCACGGCGCUGUCCUCCGACGGCAGACGACCCACGACUCGUGCUACAUCACCAGCUCCGCGGCGCUCCGGCGGCAGACCAGCCAGGAGACGUACUUGGUCAACGACGACGGGCGGAUCCUCCCGCGGCAGGCGAGCCAGGACUCCUCGACUUUCGGCAGCGAGCGUGGAGGGAUCCUCAAGCGGCAGACCAGCAACGACUCCAACUCGAUGCGGGUCUCCAAGCCCAUCUCCACGGUUGUGGGUGUUCUCGCGCGGGCCGGCUCCGGCGAUAGCUCCACUUCCAGGACCCGCUUCUCCACAAAGACCGACUCCAUCAGCGAGGAGGCCACCGGGGAUUUCACGGCCGACUUAGACGGCUUCACCACUUCGGUGAGCAACUCGGUGGAUAUCGAGGAUAUUACCCCGGAGCAGAUCGACGCCAUCACCAACGCCAACACGAACGCCAACGCUCUCACCGCUAUGGAGUUCGAGACCUCCGUUGUGAACGGGUUCAUACCGGCUGGGUCUAUAAGCAAGGCGCCCCUCGUCCAAGUCCACUCCUUUCCCAGGGCCAAAGGGAUCCCUCGGAUGGCGCCGCGGAGGCAGAUGAGCCACGAAACCCGCGUCUCUUUCAUGUACGAGUGCACCAGGGUCUAAACUUGCGUCUGCUCUUUUGGUAUUCAUCCGUGUCUCGGUCCCCCGAGGUUCUCGUUGCUGCUCGUCCGUGUUGACCGAGGUCCACGCGCCUCAGCAACGGCAUGAGCCUUCCGUCGGCCGAGCUUCAAAGUGUGGCCUUAUGAAUGUUUUUAGCUCAAGUUUAACUAAGGUGUCACUACUGCUCGUCCUCGUGUGGUAUGUAGGUGCUUUGGUCAAACCGUUUAUUGAAAAUGAUCCGGCGGUGGAAAAACCUAACCUGGGAUGUAUUUAUGAACUCUAUUAUUUCGCACACUUACUUAGUUCCUCAUUGCCGUGGGUCAAUCCUGCCUUUAUAUUGAACGCUGUAAAAAAAAUGAAAGCAUUCGGGCACGGGAGUUUGCCGAGCGUCAAAUUUUCCGCAAGAAACAACGCAUACUAUAACAAUACGUUGAAUAUAAUCAUUUCUUGCCUCAAAUAAAUGUUAUUCGUUAUCUAAAGAAAAUAGACACUCCUUUGAUUAAAAACAUGCGGCUUAGAGUGUAACAGAGCAACUGUUAAGAACAUUUAAUUGUGCCCCUUCAACUGACAGGGUAUGCGAUCCAACAAUUUUCAUUAUGCAAUUAUUCAUUCAUGCUCGAUAAACAUCGAUGCUGAACUUUACUCUCUAGCUAAAGAGUUGACUGUUGCGAUUCCAUCACAUUAAGUGUAUUUUUAUGCAAAACUGUGAACAAGAAUUAUUUCAGACUCUGUUGUCCGGUUGAAAGAUUGUAUGAAACGAAUUACGCAAAUAUUUUCACUUGGUUUUUCGGCUUUUUGUUUUUGUUUAUAGAGAAAAAAAUAUCAACUAUCUUUGAUGAUUCACAAAUUGCACUCAAAAACAAAAUCUUUUGUUUGAUUCUUUUGGAGGUUUCGCAAAAUAGGUACAUCACACAGACGUAUGUGACUUUCGCACCACUCACGGCAGUUAUGAACUAAGCUUUGAUUGUGCGCUUUAUUGGUUAGUUGAUGUUACAUGAUAUGAGGAGCAAAUGACUCAGAGAAAAACUUUUUUUCGCUGAGAAAAUGAAGUUAUAAGAAAUUAGAGUUGCGAGAUGAAUAAACAAUAACUAACUGACCCUCUAAAUAUAUUUUCAGGUGCUCAAAUUCAAGUGUCAACUUCGGUAUUUACAAAUAUUUACGGCGAGGAUGAUGUCAAUAUUUCCAAGUAAAUUCUCUUACCUACAGAUGAGCAGGAUAUCCCAUGUACACGGAGAAAAAUGUGCAGUCCAUGCAGAACACCAAAGUUUUUCAGCCCAUUCAGACCAUUGCAAAAGAUACCUAGACAAAAGAAAAUAUGAGUAUCUACUUACACGAUAAAAAGACUUCAUUGAAAACAUAUCUCCUCAUGUCUGUGACAUCUCUGCUCUCAGGCGUGUCUGUGAAAAAGUCAGGUAAAAUUAAAUGUAGGAACAGCUGACUCCAUUACAUCUAUAAAUCGCUGACGUUCAUAUCCUAUAACGAUGUGAGAAUUAAUCACUUCGGGAGCAAAUUAGGCUAUGAAAUUGACGUUUUUAAGCCCAAAAGAAGUAUGUUGCACGCAAACCUCAUUCACAUGGUCUUAGUAUAUAAACACGUCCAAAU